AGCCACCCACCCAGUGUGUAAGCAGAACCCUCCUCAUCUCCACAGCCGUGCCUGCGCUCAGGCUGCGGAGAAGAAAAGAAUGGAAACAGGGGAGCAGGAGGAAAGAAGACGAGCCCUCCUCGUGCGGUCCUUUCUCCCCGCAGCCUGGGAAUUCGCUUCGGGGUGAGGCGCUCGCUCGGGGGGGCUGGAGGUCAUCCCUGACCUUGAGCUCGCUCACUCCCUCUCCGUGUGAAACUUAUCAGGUGUUUAAUAUGAACUCCUCCUCUCUCUUUGGAAUCUGGCUUUCUGUUCCUCUGAUCUUAUCCUGGGUAACCCCACAAGUCAGCUCUUCAUGGUGGUACAUGAGAGCUGUGGGCUCCUCAAGGGUCAUGUGUGACAACGUGCCAGGCCUGGUCAGCCGCCAACGUCAGCUGUGCCAUCGGCACCCGGAGGUGAUGCGCUCCAUCGGCCUGGGCGUGGCAGAGUGGACUGCUGAGUGUCAGCACCAGUUUCGACAGCACCGCUGGAAUUGCCACACCCUAGAUAGAGAUCACAAUCUCUUUGGCAAGGUCCUGCUCCGAAGUAGUCGAGAGGUCGCCUUUGUGUACGCUAUCUCCUCCGCUGGAGUCGUAUAUGCCAUCACCAGGGCCUGUAGCCAGGGAGAAUUAAAAUCUUGCUCCUGUGACCCUAAGAAGAAAGGAACUUCCAAAGAUAGCAAAGGCACUUUUGAUUGGGGUGGAUGCAGUGAUAACAUUGACUAUGGGAUCAAAUUUGCCCGAGCAUUUGUGGAUGCCAAGGAAAGGAAAGGAAAAGAUGCUCGAGCACUGAUGAACCUUCACAACAACAGAGCCGGAAGGAAGGCUGUAAAGCGGUUCUUGAAACAAGAAUGCAAAUGCCAUGGGGUGAGUGGAUCCUGCACUCUGAGGACCUGCUGGCUGGCCAUGGCUGACUUUAGAAAGACGGGAGAUUAUCUUUGGAAGAAGUACAACGGGGCCAUCCAGGUAGUCAUGAAUCAAGAUGGCACUGGUUUCACUGUGGCUAACAAGAGAUUUAAGAAACCAACUAAAAAUGACCUGGUCUAUUUUGAGAACUCUCCAGACUACUGUAUCAGGGACCGAGAUGCAGGUUCUCUGGGUACUGCAGGUCGUGUGUGCAACCUGACUUCCCGUGGCAUGGACAGCUGUGAAGUCAUGUGCUGCGGAAGGGGCUAUGACACAUCCCGGGUCACUCGAAUGACCAAAUGCGAGUGUAAGUUCCAUUGGUGCUGUGCUGUGCGCUGUCAGGACUGUUUGGAGGUGGUGGAUGUGCACACGUGCAAAGCCCCCAAGAGUCCCGACUGGGUGGCACCCACAUGACCCACGCAUCAACCAGCUGCCUUUUCUCCCCUGGGACUCAAUCUGAUCUGCAGAGACACUGGACUUUGGGGUUCCCCUGUAGUGGGGCAUGUUUCUAAAGUGUACGGCAGGCACUUUGACUCACCAGAAGCCACCUCUCCCUUCCUGGAUGCCUCCAGGACUGUGUAGUGCAUAUAAGUUAUAUCCUAUUCUAUUUACAUUACUGGGUUGUAACACUUCCCUGUAACAUAGCUAUGGAAUAUCGUGAGAUCUUUUGUACUCUUGGGAGGGGUUUUUUUGUGGGGAGGUGGGGAAGAAGAGAUAGAGCUUGUCUUUGCACUACCCAAACUUCCCCCAAGAAGUUGACCAGGGAAGAAAGGUGUUCAAAUGAUGUUUCUCUGUCUUUCAACCGAAUGCUCACAGCAAAGUGAUCUCAUGAGAAUUUCACACAACUUCCACUAAAUUAUCUCAUAGUUCCUAGAAGGAUCGAUCAUAACAAGCUUUUUUACUUUGUUGUCUUUGGUCUGAUCAAGAGAUUUUAAGAGAUGCCAGCAUCAUCUGGUAAUUGGUAACUAAAGUGGUUUAAAUACAUGACAAAUUUGAAAUAUGUGUUUUCCCAAGGCCAUUUGAAUUCAGCAUUAAUACCCAGUGUAAUAAAAUGGGAGAAAGCUCAUGCCGAGUGAUAUUUUAAUUCCCUACUAUAGCAUACCUUAGGUGAGAAAAUGAACAUUUUUAUAUUCAAUGGAAAGAUGCUGAAAUUCCUGGGACAUGAAAAAUUCAUUUGGAGAGGGACUUCCUUCUUUCCCAAUAAACAUAUACAUAAGACCUGAAAACAAUUAAGAGCAAUGUUUUCUGCUUCUCAGGUAAGGUAAUUACAGAAGACAAGGAUUUCAUGAUUGAGCACCUGAUGAUGCUUCUGUACAGAUGAGCCAGAAAAAUGGGAAUCACAUUCCUAUUUGGUGUUUGCCAUAUGAAUCAUGGAGUCUUAUAACUGGAACAAUUUGAUAAUGAUCGCUCUUGGGAUGACAGGGCCAGGAAUGAAAAUGCUGAUGACAAGGUUUCCAUAACUAACCCAAUAACUGCGGAAGCCUUGAGUAUAAACAGAUUGCAAAAGGGUGGCCCAAAUGGUGUAAGGAGUGCCUCUGAGGACCAACAGUACUAAAAGUACAGUUUUAACACCCAUUGCAUUUAAUUUUAAUCAUGCUUUUUUGACGAUUGGGAGAUGAUUUGGUCCUGACCUAAGGCAAAUGACACAUAGCCUUGCUUAUAAACUCCAUAACCAUAAUGUAUUAUAUUGCAAAAAUAUGAGCUUCGAGAACUACAUUAAAGUGGCUCAGCUGUAAUUAUGUGAAUAUUAGU